AUGUCUAACAACAACAGCAAGAUUCAAGCCGACCAGAUCAUCAUCAGCGUGGUUGAUCCCCGUGAUGGAAGCACCCAACUUGUCACGAUCCAAACCUUGAUUCCCGACCAGGGUCCAAUGCAAUUUGAAGUUGUUCCCAUCAGCAUGGUGCCUUCCAGCCGCAUUGGUAACAGUCUCCCUCACCUCCCUCGCAUUCCUCGAAUUCCUGACGCCAUUGACUCUCCCACUCCUGGUGCUGGGCCAGUCAUCAACUUGGUUGAUACCAGCAAUGAUAAUGAUGAUGAGUCGUCCACCACCGAACUUGCAGAGAUCAAAUCGGAGGAAGAGCCUUCGGAUGACGAUGAAGAAGAGCCUUCGGACGACGAUGCAGAGGAAGAGCCUUCGGAUGACGAAGAAAAACCUUCGGAUGACGAAGAAGAGGCUUUUGCUCAGGCAUAUGCUGGCUUGGACCUUUCCCAAAUUGAUGAAGAUGCUUCCACGGAGGGUGCCACCAACAUCAACAACCAUGCUGUUGCCCGUCCUGUUGCCCGUCCCGUUCCUCGUCGCACUCGUCGCAACCCUCGUCGCACUGUUCGCCCUAUUGACGAAGAAGAGGAUUUUGAUCAUUUUCCGAUGUCUCAAGAUUUCUUUUGA